AUGGCCGGGACGUACAGCUCCACCCUGAAGACUCUGGAGGACUUGACCUUGGACUCCGGGUAUGGGGCCGGGGACUCGUGCCGUUCGCUCAGCCUCUCGUCCUCCAAGUCCAACUCGCAGGCGCUCAACUCUUCGGCGCAGCAGCACCGCGGGGCGGCCUGGUGGUGCUACUCCGGCUCCAUGAACAGCCGUCACAACAGCUGGGACACGGUGAACACGGUGCUGCCCGAGGACCCCGAAGUGGCCGACCUCUUCUCGCGCUGCCCGCGGCUCCCGGAGCUGGAGGAGUUCCCCUGGACCGAGGGGGAUGUGGCGCGGGUGCUGCGCAAAGGCGCAGGCUCGCGGCGGCUGCCCGCGUUCUCGGUGGAGGCGGUGCGGCGCCUGGCGGGGCUGCUGCGCAGGGCGCUCAUCCGCGUGGCCCGCGAGGCGCAGCGCCUGAGCGUGCUGCACGCCAAGUGCACCCGCUUCGAGGUGCAGAGCGCCGUGCGCCUGGUGCACAGCUGGGCGCUGGCCGAGAGCUGCGCGCUGGCGGCGGUCAAGGCGCUGUCGCUGUACAGCAUGAGCGCGGGCGACGGGCUGCGCCGGGGCAAGUCCGCGCGCUGCGGCCUCACCUUCUCCGUGGGCCGCUUCUUCCGCUGGAUGGUGGACACCCGAAUCUCCGUGCGCAUCCACGAGUACGCGGCCAUCUCGCUCACCGCCUGCAUGGAGAAUCUGGUGGAGGAGAUCAGGGCCAGAGUUCUGGCCAGCCAGAGCCCCGACGGCGGCGGGGCGGGAGGCGGGGAAGUGUCCGCGGAGGCCUUGGAGAUGGUCAUCAACAACGACGCCGAGCUCUGGGGCGUCUUGCAGCCCUAUGAGCACCUCAUCUGCGGCAAGAAUGCCAAUGGUGUCCUCUCCCUCCCCGCGUACUUCAGCCCGUACAAUGGCGGGUCCCUGGGCCACGACGAGCGAGCGGACGCCUACGCCCAGCUGGAGCUGCGGACCCUGGAGCAGUCUCUUCUGGCCACGUGCGUGGGCAGCAUCUCGGAGCUGAGUGACCUGGUCUCCCGCGCCAUGCACCAUAUGCAGGGGCGUCACCCCCUGUGUCCUGGCUCCAGCCCUGCCCGCCAGGCCCGCCAGCCGCCACAGCCCAUCACCUGGUCCCCCGACGCCCUCCACACGCUCUACUACUUCCUGCGCUGCCCACAGAUGGAGUCCAUGGAGAACCCCAACCUGGACCCCCCGAGAAUGACCCUGAACAACGAACGGCCCUUCAUGCUGCUGCCACCGCUGAUGGAGUGGAUGCGGGUAGCAAUCACCUACGCCGAGCACCGCCGCAGCCUCACCGUGGACAGCGGAGACAUCCGGCAGGCGGCCCGGCUGCUGCUGCCAGGCCUGGACUGCGAACCCCGACAGCUCAAACCCGAGUGCUGUUUCAGCUCCUUCCGGAGGCUGGAUGCCCGCGCUGCUACGGAAAAGUUCAACCAGGACCUGGGAUUCCGCAUGCUCAACUGUGGGCGGACAGAUCUCAUCAGCCAGGCCAUCGAGGCCCUGGGACCCGACGGCGUGAACACCAUGGAUGACCAGGGCAUGACGCCGCUGAUGUACGCCUGUGCUGCAGGGGACGAGGCCAUGGUCCAGAUGUUGAUUGAUGCGGGAGCAAACCUGGACAUCCAGGUUCCCAACAACUCUCUCAGGCACCCCUCUGUCCAUCCCGACAGCCGGCACUGGACCUCGCUGACGUUUGCUGUGCUGCACGGACACAUCUCUGUGGUCCAGUUGCUGCUGGACGCGGGUGCCCACGUGGAGGGCUCAGCAGUGAACAGCGGUGAGGACAGCUACGCAGAGACGCCCCUGCAGCUGGCCUCCGCAGCUGGGAACUACGAGCUGGUCAGCCUGCUACUGAGCCGGGGCGCCGACCCCCUCCUCAGCAUGCUCGAGGCCAGCGGCAUGGCCUCCUCCCUCCACGAGGACAUGAACUGCUUCAGCCACUCGGCUGCCCACGGCCACAGGAAUGUCCUGAGGAAGCUUCUGACUCAGCCGCAGCAGGCCAAAGCGGACGUGCUGUCCCUGGAGGAGAUCCUGGCCGAGGGAGUGGAGGACAGUGAUGCCUCGAGCCAGGGCAGCGGCAGUGACGGGCCGGUGCGGCUGAGCCGGACCCGCAUGAAGGCGCUGCAGGAGGCCAUGUACUACAGUGCCGAGCAUGGCUACGUGGACAUCACCAUGGAGCUGCGGGCCCUGGGUGUCCCCUGGAAGCUGCACAUCUGGCUCGAGUCUCUGCGGACCUCGUUCUCCCAGUCUCGGUACUCGGUGGUGCAGAGCCUGCUGCGGGACUUCAGCUCCAUCAAGGAGGAGGAGUACAACGAGGAGCUGGUGACCGAGGGCCUGCAGCUCAUGUUCGACAUCCUCAAGACCAGCAAAAACGACUCCGUCAUCCAGCAGCUGGCCGGCAUCUUCACACACUGCUACGGCAGCAGCCCCAUCCCCAGCAUCCCGGAGAUCCGGAAGACCCUGCCGGCCAGGCUAGAUCCUCACUUCCUGAACAACAAGGAGAUGUCGGAUGUGACCUUCCUAGUGGAAGGAAGGCUGUUCUAUGCACACAAAGUCCUCCUGGUGACAGCUUCCAACAGGUUUAAGACACUGAUGACCAAUAAAUCAGAACAAGAUGGGGACAGCAGCAAAACCAUUGAGAUCAGCGAUAUGAAGUACCACAUUUUCCAGCUGAUGAUGCAGUAUCUGUACUACGGAGGAACCGAAUCCAUGGAGAUCCCCACCGCUGACAUCCUGGAGCUGCUGUCAGCUGCCAGCCUGUUCCAGCUGGAUGCCCUGCAGAGGCACUGCGAGAUCCUGUGCUCCCAGACCCUCAGCGUGGAGUGUGCCGUGAACACCUACAAAUAUGCCAAGAUCCACAAUGCCCCAGAACUGGCCCUGUUCUGUGAGGGCUUCUUCCUCAAGCACAUGAAGGCCCUGUUGGAACAGGACGCCUUCCGGCAGCUCAUCUACGGCCGCAGCAGCAAAGUACAGGGCCUGGACCCACUGCAGGACCUGCAGAGCACGCUGGCCGAGCGCGUACACUCGAUCUACGUCACCUCCCGGGUGUGAGCGGCUGGCUGGAGCCCACGAGGUGGGGCCGCGUCCCUGGGGCUGUCUCCCUGCCCUGCCCAGACACCCGCCCAGCUGUGGAUCUCUCCUCGGGUUGGCACCUGUGCCCGGAGCCCACCCUUCACCAGACAACCCGACCGUCUGCCCCACAGGAGCAGGAAGGGUUGUAGCCAAAGGGUGGCCUUCCUGUCUGUACCCCUCGUUUGCACCUUGAGGGCCACCCCACAUUCCCUCGUGUGUCCUGUCCACUUCUGCUCCAAGCUCUCUCUACCCCCACCAGCUGGGGCUCCUUAUGAAUGUAUCCUGUCUGAGCCCGGGCCCUGAAAUGCAAGGCUGCCCACAUCCCUGGACUUACCCUCCAGGAGCCUGUGCCUUUGAAAGGCUUGGUGUGGGCUGCCCCGACCCACUUGGUCUUCCUGUUUUCCAUGGAGCCGGGGUCUGCAGUGGCCCUCCCUUCAGAACCGCUAACGCAGUCCCAGCUGAUGGCCUCUGAGCCCAGGAUGUGUGGGGCCCAGCGUAGGAUCUCGGUGGCCUCGGCUUUGCUGCUGCUGUUAGGGGCCACGUGAAGGGGUGGGUUCCGGAACUGAGGCCUGGAUCUAGGCCGCCUGUGUGGGCUCAGGCAGCCGCACCGACGCGUCCUGCCUGGCCCAGCCUCUCAAGUGAAGGGUUCCUCUAACGCAGGACCAGAGCGCGGGCACACUUCUCACUGGGAACUGUGGAUCCUGCGCAAAGGACAGGGCCUUGGUGGAAGGGAAGGGCUGGGAGAGGAGGACCUCGGCCAUGUCCUCCGGCCUGCGUAGGGACCAGACACUGGGGCAGCAUCAAGGACAGCUUGCUCUGGGUGUAGCCUGGCUGCACCACGGGAACUAUUUAUUCAUCAAAAGCCCUAGGCACUUCAGGUGUCACUUCUAUCACCCUGAAAAGUCCCUGGGGCUUGCAAUCUGGAAAAUAUUUUCAACUAGCUGCUUGAGCUGGAUGUACAAAGAAAUAGGAGUUAUUUUAUUGCUGUAAUAUUGUAUGAUACUGUAACUAUAUGUUAAUGUCACUCAUUGUAAAUGUACCAUGGUUUUAUUAACAAUAAACAUCAUUAACAAAUGA